AUGAAGGGUCGUUUUGGAAAGCUCUGUCGUCCCCAUCUCUCAACUGUCCACGCCACCCUCUCCUCCACCACCUCUCUCUCGGACGAAUCCGCCCACCCGCCGCCUCCACCCUAUUUCGAUGCCACCAAGACCAUGCUUCGCUCCCGGUAUGCCUCGCAGACGUCCAAACAGAACCCGGGCACUAACCAGCAGCUGGAGAUCGAGAUGACCGCUGAGAAGUCUCGCCGCCUCAUCACAUCUGAUUGUGGAGGCGGAGGUGCCGAUGCCAAGCCAGAGGCUCCGGUCUCCGAAGGAGUGGUCAAUGGGGACAAGUGGCCACGUUUUGCUGAUCUCGGCGGGAUGGAGCAGGUGUUAGAUCAUCUUCUGGUAGAAGUGGUGGUCCCCCUGCGCCGUCUGGAGCUGCCGAAUUACCUUGGGGUUAUGCCUGUUGCUGGGCUACUGUUGUACGGACCGCCAGGUUGCGGGAAGACCACCCUUGCACAUGCCAUUGCCAAUGAGACUGGUGUGUCGUUCUACAAGAUCUCAGCCCCAGAUAUCGUCUCUAGAGUAUCUGGAGGUUCUGAAGAAAACAUCAGGGGCUUAUUUCAGAAGGCAUAUAGGACUGCUCCCUCAAUUGUAUUCAUAGAUGAGAUAGAUGCAAUUGCAUCCAAGAGGGAGAAUCGAGAGAUGGAGCGACGAAUAGUUACUCAGCUGAUGACAUGCAUGGAUGAAUUCCACCAAAAUAUUGGUGGUGAUGGUUCUGAUGUCGAUUCAUCUAAAAAGAAACCAGAUUAUGUUAUUGUCAUUGGAGCUACAAAUAGGCCUGAUGCUGUGGAUCAAGCUCUUCGAAGGCCAGGAAGAUUUGAUCGAGAUAUAUAUCUUGGGGUUCCAGAUGUGAAUUUAAGGAAACAGAUACUGAUGAUGCUUGCUUGGAAGCUUCGACUUGAAGUGCAAUUUGACUUUUUAAAGAUAGCAAGGGCCACACCAGGUUUUGUUGGUGCUGACUUGAAAGCAUUAGUCAAUAAUGCAUGGUAUCUGGCAAUGAAGAGAUUAAUUAAUAAAAGAAGAGCUCAGUAUUGUUCUCAGGUAAAGGUAAAAUGGUGGAAGCAGCUGUCUUGGGAUGCAGGCGAGAUGGAGAGUGUACAUGUUACCAUGAACGACUUUGAGGUGGAUGAGGCAGCCAUGUUAGCUUUGGAAGAUAGAUGGAGGUACCUUGAUAGCGGGACAUCAAUGAGUCCACCUUUUCUGAUUGAGCCAUCACACUUUGAACAAGCCUUAUCAAAGGUGAAGCCAUCAGUAUCCAAAAAGGAAACAUUACGAGACAAUGUGAAGUGUUGA